AUGGCCAUCCUCACUGCAAGAGAGGCUUUGGAUGUAAUAAAACAAAGCAUCUUCAGUUCUAACUCUAGCAUUGGAUUUUGUUGGAGAAUCUGCAGCCUGCCUGACAGUGAGUACAGAGAGCCAUGUAUGGUGACAGGCUGUAAGACAUCUGUAACAUCUCUGGGCAUUACUGAUGGAACAAGAAGCUUGCUGAAGAACCCGCAUGUAAAUUCCACCCUAAAUAUGAGUGGUGCAUCAAACCAGAGAAUUUCUACCAGUCAAAUAAGCAUGCGACCUACUCCCUUUUAUUCUCUGAUCCAAGUUGAAUCUGGAAGUGUUUCUGUCACCAACCCUACACUCCCCAGGCCCUUCAGCAGCUACCGACAAAGGGCUUCAAAGGAGCCCUUCACCUUCAGCGAUGCUAGGACAAAAAUCAGUGAGCUUCAUUUCCACAACCAAACCCAAACCAACUCAAGACCCCCUCCACGUCCUCCUGUAUCUUCCCUGCGCUUCUCUACACAAGGGGACCAAGCCUACCCACAGCCCCGCCCAUCUGCAGAUGGCGACGGCUUGCCGAAACGCAAGCGCCCUUCCUCUGGAGCCUUUACCCCUUCUUUCCCACCCACCCGAGGGGGCGGUCUCGAGGCCGACCGGAACUACAAUUCCCAGCAUCCUACACGGCGCGGGGAAGGAAGGCCGGGAGAAGGACCAUUAAGACCUGUUCUUGAAUACAUUGACCUAGUCAGCAGUGAUGAUGAAGAGCCUAGCACCUCUAAUAGUGAUGAGAAUGUUAAACGUAAAGACUAUAUUGACCAUCAGAAGGAUAAAGUUGCUUUAACUCUGGCUCGUCUAGCCCGCCAUGUUGAAGUGGAGAAACAGCAGAAAGAAGAGAAGAACAGAGCAUUCAGAGAAAAAGUCGAUUUUCAGCACGCCCAUGGGUUACAAGAAUUGGAAUUUAUUCGAGGACACUCUGAUACAGAAGCAGCAAGACUGUGUGUGGACCAGUGGCUAAAAAUGCCAGGACUCAAAACAGGCAUAAUUAAUUCUGGAACAAAAAGUUCAUUCCGAAGAGGAGGCCAAGUGCGGGUGUCUGCAAAACCAAUUUCGUGUCCCAUAAUGCACUGUAACAAGGAAUUUGACAAUGGGCACCUUCUCUUAGGACAUUUAAAAAGGUUUGAUCACUCUCCAUGUGAUCCAACAAUUACAUUACGUGGACCUUUCGUCAAUUCCUUUGCUUGUGUAGUAUGUUAUAAAAAAUUUGUUACUCAACAGCAAUAUAGGGAUCACCUUUUUGCUAAGGAAGCUGCAGAUGAUGGACAUAGCAACAACCUUCUUCCUCAGAUUAUUCAGUGUUUUGCAUGUCCAAAUUGCUUUCUUCUUUUUAGCAGCGAGGAUGAGUGUGUGAAGCAUAUGUCUGGAAAGAAUCAUUUCCAUCAGAAUUUUAAACUGGGUGAUGACAAGGGAAAAGCGCAUCCAAUAUCAUUUCCAUCUUUUGCAAAGAAACUUUUGAUCUCUCUCUGCAGAGAUGUUCCGUUUCAAGUUAAGUGUGUGGCCUGCCACCAGACACUGCGUUCCCACAUGGAGCUCACUGCCCAUUUCAGAGUUCGUUGUCGAAAUGCUGGUCCUGUAGCUGUAGCUGAGAAGAGCAUCACCCAGGUUGCAGAGAAGUUCAUGUUAAGAGGUUAUUGUCCAAAUUGCAACCAAGUCUUUGUGGAUGAAACCAGUGCCCAAAAUCACAAGCAGAAUUCAGGACACAAAAUCCGAGUCAUUAACUCAAUGGAAGAAUCAGUCUUACUUUAUUGCCACGGCAAUGAAGGGAACAGACCUCCUUCUGACUUGCAUUUAUUGUUGGAUCAAUCAAAAUUUUCAUCUCUUAAAAGAACUAUGUCUAUUAAAGAAUCUAGCUCACAGGAUUACAGCAUCGUUCCAAAAAAGAAGAAGAAUUUACAAGACAAAAGCCAUGAAGGUGUGGUUUGCAUCCAGAAAGAAAAGUCAGUAGUUAAAACCUGGUUUUGUGAAUGCAAUCAACGAUUCCCAAGUGAAGAUGCAGUAGAAAAGCAUGUUUUCUCAGCAAACACAAUGUGUUAUAAGUGUGUGGUCUGUGGAAAGGUGUGUGAAGAUUCAGGAGUUAUCCGUUUACAUAUGAGCCGGAUUCAUGGAGGGGCACAUUUAAAUAACUUUCUUUUCUGGUGUCGGACAUGCAAAAAGGAGUUAACAAGGAAAGAUACUAUCAUGGCACAUGUGACUGAAUUUCAUAAUGGACAUAGAUAUUUUUAUGAGGUGGAUGAGGUAGAAAGUGAAACUUUACCAUCAUCUUCUACGGCAGUGGUAAAUAAUUUGACUGCUAACGAACCUUCCUCGACUAUUACUAUUAUCGAUCAUUCCCCAGCAAACAGUCCUCUAAGGGGCAAAUGGCAGUGCCGAAUUUGUGAAGAUAUGUUUGAUUCCCAGGAAUGUGUAAAACAGCACUGCAUGUCCUUGGCAAGUCACAAGUUUCAUAGAUAUAGCUGUGCCCAUUGCAGAAAGACUUUUCAUAAAAUAGAAACAUUAUACCGACAUUGUCAAGAUGAGCAUGACAAUGAUAUAAAGAUUAAAUACUUUUGUGGGCUUUGUGUUCUGAUCUUUAAUGUGGAAGAAGCAUUUUUGAGUCAUUAUGAGGAGCACCACAGCAUUGAUUAUGUGUUUGUGUCGGAAAAAAUUGAAAGUUCAAUUAAAACUGAGGAUGAUUUUCCAGUAAUAGAGACCAGUAACCUGUUAACGUGUGGUUGCCGUGAGAGUUACAUCUGUAAAGUCAACAGAAAGGAAGAUUAUAGUAGAUGUCUCCAAACCAUGCUGGAUAAAGGUAAACUGUGGUUCCGCUGCAGUUUGUGUUCAGCAACAGCACAGAAUUUAGCUGACAUGAACACUCAUAUCCAUCAAGUGCACAGAGAAGAAAAGAGUGAGCAGCAGCAGCAUGUAAUCAAAUGUGGCACCUGCACCAAAACAUUUCAUGAUCCUGAGAGUGCUCAGCAGCACUUCCAUAGAAAACAUUGCUUCUUACAGAAACCCAGUGUGGCUCAUUUUGGAUCUGAAAAAGCAUGUCUGUACAAGUUUACUGCCAGUGUCUCACGCACAGAGAGAAAACUGAAACAGGCAGUAAGUUAUCCAAAAAAUUCAGAGAUGGAGAAAGGAGCCGAGAAUGACCUAAGCUGUCAGAAUAUAGAGGAAGAAGUUGUUGAGCUUCCAGAUUUGGAUUACUUGCGAACCAUGACUCAUAUAGUCUUUGUAGAUUUUGAUAAUUGGUCAAACUUUUUUGGUCAUCUACCGGGGCAUCUUAACCAAGGAACAUUUAUUUGGGGCUUUCAAGGAGGAAACACCAAUUGGAAGCCUCCAGUGAACUGUAAGAUCUAUAAUUACCUGAACAGGAUUGGGUGCUUCUUCCUUCAUCCUCGAUGUAGUAAAAGAAAAGAUGCUGCUGAUUUUGCCAUAUGUAUGCAUGCUGGCCGUCUAGAUGAACAGCUACCCAAGCAGAUUCCUUUCACCAUCCUCUCAGGAGAUCAAGGUUUUCUGGAGCUGGAGAAUCAAUUUAAGAAGACUCAGAGGCCAGCUCAUAUACUAAACCCUCACCACUUAGAGGGAGAUAUGAUGUGUGCCUUGUUAAAUAGCAUAUCUGAUACCACCAAAGAAUGUGACAGUGAUGAUAAUGUGGGUGGAAAAACUACUUCAGCAGGAGAAGAAUUCAGAUCCACAGAAGGUAACCUAAUAGAGUUAAUCCUUUCCCUACUUGACUGAUCUGUAUUUUAAUUUUAAUUUUAAUUUUAAUUUAAUUUAUUGAAA